AGCCAGCUGCUUCACUAACCGCCUGGUCGUACAUGAAAACACGUCUCAGAGUGUACCUGGACUGACACACCUGAAAGCUUCGAUGGAGAACAGCCAGAACCAGGAGGCGGAGGACAGCCCUUACCUGUGCUUCCAGAGAACGCCGUCUCUCAGACGCAAGUGGAGGAAACGUUACGGAGGCCUGGACGGCAACAAGCUGCUGGAGCCCAAUAAAGACCCAGACAUGACAGAUGAUGGAGGGACGACAGACGAGAGCCGGCAGAGGAGCUCUGAGAACCAGGUUUCAGUGCUCCGCCCAGCUCCCAGGAGCCUGACCCAGAACCAGGUCCAGACUGCAGUACAGAGUCCUGUCCAAAAGCCCAUCAGCCUCAUCAGUCCUGGACCUGCAGUGGUCCCAGUGUCAGCCAGUAACGGCUGCCUGAAGCCUCAGGCUGCGGUCCAGCCGGAGGACAGAGGCCUCUCCCCCUCCCAGCCCCGGUUUCCCCCCCAGCAGAGUCCAUCCAGACGCAGGGGGGCUGCUGAUGUUCUGUUUGACAGCUACAGUACAGAUGGAAGAAUGAACGUCAGCCAGUUCUUUGAGGCCAUCUGGAGCUCCGGUCUGCACAGGUCUGACCCUCGGCUCAGAGAAUGUUUCUUCCACCUGAGGAAACUCCAGGACAAUGAGGGAUUAGUGGACAGAGACACCUUCCACAGGUGUGUGACAGGAUUUGUCUCUCUGAUCCUGAAAGCUCUGCAGGGACGAUUUGUCAUCCCGGAUUUUUCCACCUUCACUGAAGAAACUCAGAAAUUGUUUUCAAGGUGUCGUCAGCUGUCUUCUGUCCAGGAGAAAGAGAAGGAGAGCGUGGAAAGCACUAAGUGGAGUGUCUCAAUCUGCACUGUGGAUGGACAGAGGCUGUCUCUGGGUGACUGGGCCGGCUCUCUGGUUCUGGGUGAGCUGUCAUGGCCGCUGGUGUACGGCGUGGCAGUGGACCUGCUGGGCUCUGACUUUGUCCACAGAUACGUUGGCAUGGAGGGGUAUUCCAGAUACGAUUCUCCAUUCACACUGACUAAAAAAGGACUUCCUCACAGCCCGCUCACUGAGACAGGAGCCAUCGUUACUACAUCUUUACUACAGCUGGCAGGGAGGCUGAGUGCCGAGGAAGAGGAGAAGUAUGACUCAGUCCUGAACGUCAUCCGGAGGCUCUGCAACAAGGAACACGCCAGCUUAAACUGCAGCAGUUUUCAGAGCAGCAGGCAGACCAGUGUGAGGCUUCACUCUCUGUCCUUCUACCUGCAGGAGAAAAAGUGUUUUCCAGAGAAGACCGACAUCAAUGCUGCUUUGGAUCUAAUGCUGCAGUGCGCCUCAACAGAGAUCACCUGCGAAUCAGGAGCUGCCAUGGCCGCUUCGUUAGCCAAUGGGGGGCUCUGUCCGUUGUCAGGUGACCAGGUGCUGUCACCGGCGGCAACACGGAGUAUGCUGUCCAUGAUGCAGGUGGCAGGGAUGAAGGAUUACUCCACGACCUUCCACUACAAGACAUCGAUACCUGCCGUGUCCAGCAGUCACGGCUCCCUGCUGGCGGUGGUUCCUGGUGUUUUGGGUCUGAUGGCGUUCUCUCCAGGGUUAGAUGCCUGUGGAAACAGCUGGAGGGCCGUCCACUUCUGCCAGGAGCUGAUAUCAACAUUUCAGCUGCACAGUUUUGACAUCAGGACUCCGUUCAGGCAGAUUCUGGCCUACAGACACUGGAAGACUGAGUCUGAGGGAUAUCACAUCAUGAACGUCCUGCUGGCAGCUUUUAAAGGAGACGUCCAGGCGCUGAGGAGGUACUUCCUCUCUGGAGUGGAUGUUAACGCUGUCGACUAUGACGGCAGGUCCGCUCUGCAUGUGGCGGCUGCCGAAGGUCACACGGAGGUCAUCCGUUUCCUGCUGCAGAACGCCGGAGCGAACGCCGCCCUGCAGGACAGGUGGGGGAGCUCUCCUCUGCAGGAGGCCAGGAGGCACAACCAGGAGGCUGCAGUCCAGCUGCUUCAGAGCGCCAUCUGAUGAGCCUUAAUGUGACCUUUGACCUCUUCAUGAAGUUAUCUGGAUGAGUUUGAUGAAAAACAGGAAGCUCUUCAGGUCUGGAACAUGUGAAGAAACAUUCCAGGUUUGGUUUCAGUGUAACUUCACUGAAUCGGGCCGUUCAUGUUCCAGGAGGAGAAGUGGCUUCAUCACCGUGUCACAGCUGACCUGCUGUAAAGACUUGAACUGGUCUCCUGUGAUCGGUUUUCCUUCACUUUGUCUCCGGACUGAAAGCUCUAGCAGCUGCUCCUCUCUGAAAAGUGAGAACCGGUUUCCUCCUGUUCACACUUCCUUCACAUAUGUUCAUCAAGUUAUCAUUUAAAAACAAGCGUACAGAAUAUAAAACCAACAGCUGCUUCAAUAAUUAAUAUGACUGCAUUUCCAGGAGGAUGACACAAACCUGAAAAGCAUCAUCAGAGCUGUUUGGAAAAGCCCAUUAAACACUGGGUCUGAUUGAUGAAUCUCAGAUGAAAUCCUCUGUGGAAACAUUUCUUCAUUUGAUGCUCAAAUCAAAAAUGAUGUUCAAAGGCAUAAAGUUCUCGUUUAAAACAUCCCGUAAACUCUCGGUAUCUUGUUACUCUCAACAA